CUCUACCCUCUCCACUCCUGUUAUCGUCGCUGUCCUCGCUGCUGCUGCUUCUGCUGCUGCGCCUGCGUGACUGCCUCCACCUCCUACACCUCCUCCACCACCACCACGCUCAUCCUCCCACCGACGCCUCCUACACUCACUCCCGCGCGACGAGGGUGCCACACGCGCUCCCGGACCCGACGCCUCUGCCUCUGUCCGCCAUGCCUGCGGAUCCCGUCUCCUCCACCUCCACCACUUCUAUCACCACUACCACUCCUUCCUCCUCUUCCUCCUCCUCUUCUGCUUCUUCUGUUUCCUCUUCUUUCUCUUCCUCUUCCCACUCAUCAUCUUCCACUUCAGUCCCCGCCUCAAACACGUCCACUUCCUCCCUCCGAGCGCCAACGCCCACUUGCUCCCUGGAACCAACGAUGAACCCUGGAACCGUCUCUCCCCUCGGGUCAACCGACCCUCCAUGUGUUCCCCUGGAAUCAACGAAGGCUGGGGAUUCCACUGUUGAAUCUACGGCGCCCACACCGCCCAUCCUGUCACUGUCCCCGCCCGCGUCCUCCACUUUAGAAUCAGCACCUCCUGAAUUAGAUGUGGAGCUUGCACCUACCGAAACCGCGGCCACUACACCAGCGGAGACAACGCCGUCUGGCCCUGAACAGAACAUUCCUAGAACCUCCGACGUAGAACCGACAAGGCCAACACCUUCCGCUCUAGAACCAGCAACACCUCCAGCUUCAACCCUGUCACCAGCGAAACUUCCAGCCUUCAAUGUGAAACAAAUAGAACCCGUAACUUCUCCCCUACAAUCAGGUAGUCCUAUAACCUAUGAUGCGGAAAGAACUGCACUUGCAACCUCUGAUAUGGAACUAACAAAUCCUACAUAUUACAGCCUGGAACCAGUAGAGUCAGUACCCUUACAUAAGGAACCAACUGUGCCCACAGCCUCAGAAGAAACAACAGUGGCCAUAACCUUAGAAGAGACAACAAUGGCCACAUCCUCAGAAGAGACAGCAAUGGCCACAGCCUCAGAAGAGACCGUAGCCACAACCUUAGAGGACACAGCAGUGGCCACACUCUCAAGAGAAGCCUCAGCCACGUUGAUUGCCCAGGACGCCGUGACGCUGUCGACCACCACCCGUGAAACACAAAUACGCACGUCCUCCAGCCAAGAGCAAGUGGCAGCCACACACUUAGCCAAAGACCAAACAAUAUCUACGCUGCCUACGUCUUUGAUCUUGACCCAAGAACCUACAGGGCAAGCAACACACUCCGUCACCACCCUGGAGCCACCUGUCCCAUUGAGUUCCUCCCAGGUAUCAAUUACAUCCUCAGCUGAAACAUCGAUGUCUGUAACUGCACAUACUAUCCGGGAAUUUACCCCCAGCACGCCUACCGCUUGCACACUUCCACUUGACAGCAAACCCCUCGCCUGCAGCCUCUCUGUUUCCCCAGUGCCGUCUCUCUCUCCUUCACUCCCGGAUACUGAGUUCCCGCGAGACUCUCCUGAACCUGCUCGCCCAUUUCCCUUGUCCUGCGGCUCUAGAACUUCCUCUGCCACUGUAGGAAUCUUUCCUUUUGAAGAUUGGACACAAAGCAGGGAGUCGACACCGUCUGCACCUCGUAUGACAAUCAAAACCGGCAGGUGCCUCGACCCCGCCCUCUAUCCAUGCUUCUCCUGGGCGGACACGGCGGCGGGGGGUGACACCUCCAUCGCGACCACCUCUUGCACAGCAAUCAAAACUGUUUUAGUUUACCCUCCCAGUCCUGUGACUCCUCGGAAGGCCCUCAGGACAGCGGCAGAGGACACCUGCGCGCCGGCAGCAGCAGUUCGUUGGCUCAGGACGGCAUCGAAGACCAAGUUCAGUUUAGAAAGCAAGGAGGAUGUCCUUUACUGCCCGGCGACUCCAAGAAGGGCCCUCAGAUCCCGGAAUGCCGUCCCUUGCAGCGCUACGACUCAUGGCAGAGUUAUUAAGACUGAGAGUUGGGAACUUCAUGGCGCCAGCAUGCCCUUCCGCACAUUUCAUGAUGGAGGUUUUACUGUUCACGAUAUCAGUGCAUCAUUGUUCGGUCCAGUCAAGACAGAAUGUGCCGUUACAUUCUUCACCGCAUCACCGCGCCCACCCAUCAAGAACGUCGCUUUCCUUCCCGCAUCACCACGCCCUCCCAUAAAGAAGGAAGGCUCGGCCACUCUCUUCACUGUCUCGCCGCGUCGGGCCAUCAAGCAGGAAAGUCCUUUCUUUGGUGCAGCACCCUGGAGGUUCUUUGAGGUCGAAAGUCGUUCUCAGCACAGUAGGAUAGAGCCCUGCGAGGCUAUCAUAAAGAAGGAAGUCUCCACUCAUUAUGAAAUAGGGACGUCCGAGAACUUCCUGAGUUGCGGGGUCACUCUGUACCACGGGGUCGUCACUCCUAGGAGGCCUCUCAGGUUGUGAUUUGUGUAUCCGUAGCAGAAUGAAGGAUGCCUAUGAUCACAAUACCGUAUCCCACUUCAAGUCGGUACUUUGUGAGCCAAGUGUGCUGACUCUCUCGCCCACUCAAGCGAAUGAUCAGUGAAGUUUGCUCACGAUCUCACGGCUUACCAAAGCGAAGACAUGACGCAACUUCAGCCGCGACUCAAGAAGGAACGUACGUUUGAAGAUUCGAGAUUUCCGGAUGAACGGGAGACGGUUCCAGCCAUGAGAACAAGAGACCCCAAAACGAACUUUGAGAUGGAAGUCUGCAGUCAGACGCAUCGACGCACUUUCUAGAAGCAGACACGCGGAAGUGCCAGUGCCAGGCCUGAAAUGGGGAUAGCCCCCCCCCCUCCCUCGAACUCUCAUCCCGCCUCAUCUCCCAUUAGAGCUCUGGUUAAGGGCAUCCCCCUCCCGUUUAGAGCUCUGCAACAGGGCAUCUGCGUAGCCUAUUAGUGAUCAAUGUCUGAGCUCAGUACAGUCUCUUAUGCAAGUUAAUAGUUCAUCUUAUGUUGUAAAUAAUAACAAUAUAUAUAUGUUGUCGAUGCACGAAUUAUUCCAGUGAUUAUAAGAGUUACUUCCGUAGAUUAUAACUGUAGUGCAGUGGUUACAUAGUGAGUAAAAAAUACAGAGUUUAAUUGUUGAAGUUUCUCCAGAGAUGAGAAGUUUAUGUGUAGUUUCAGUUGGCAGUUGAGAGAUACUGGCUACUAUGUAAUACGAACUCGGGUGUCGGUUUUCCAAUAAAGCUUCACCUUAGAA